AUGUCCAAACCCAAAAACUGGCCUGACAGCUUCGCAUACCUCAAAGCGCCUCUUCACGAUAAAAGCUUAAAUCCAAAGCAUAUUCAAGACCUCAAGGGCAAACCCUCUCCCUCGAGUAGCAUUCCCAUCAUCCCGUCAGCAUCAACCACAACACCAUGCAAUCUGGUCAAGAUCCAGCCCAUCUCUAACCCUUCACACCCAGCCAACGGCCAAUGCGGCCUCUUUGCAGCGCAGAAUCUAGCGCCUGGUAGCUUCAUCCUCGCAUACCUGGGCCGUGUACACUCAGGCACUGCAUCUUCAACUGAGAGCGACUAUGAUCUGUGGCUGGACCGUGAGAUUGACGCAGCGGUCGAUGCGGCAAGUGAAGGUAAUGAAGGUCGCUAUGUAAACGACUUUCGAGGCGUGGGAGACAGGGCAAAUGCAGAGUUUCGGACGGUCUGGUGUGAGAAAUGGGGAGAGCUUUGUGUGGGAGUUUGGGUUCUCGGGGGCGCAAAGAAGAAGAAGGGAGUAGGAAUCAAGAAAGGGGAAGAGAUUCUUGUCAGUUAUGGGAAGGGUUUUUGGGGCGAGAGAAGAGCAGAUGAGUACGAGUAUGAGUAUGAUUACGAAGAGGCAGAAGAACAGGUUCUUGAUAACAAACAAUGA